UCUCUCUCUCUCUCUCUCCUUUCUCUUCCCUUCUUUUUCUCUUCCUUUACAUUCCGGACCAGCGAAUCGGGUGAAAAAUCGAGGGUGAAGGGAACGUGUGCAAAACGCGUGAAACGCGGACGGUUGACGAACGCGAGCAUUUUCUUUCUAUGGCGGUGGUGAAAUAACGAAACUCAUAAUGGGCGAAUCUAUACUGACAACAGUGUUCGUGAUUCAUGUGCGUGGAGCGUACCGUUGUGAAUGAUACACACAUCGUGCACCCGCUGUCGCCGUAGGAUGAAAACCCGAGUUUCCGCUAGAUUUGAGAUCGCUAUGUCUCGAGAGACGCUGCAAGCGGUAUCGAUGAUCACGUUGUAAUGCACUGAGAACGUUCAACGAAAAGUUCGUGCGCAUUAUCGUUGAUUUGACAGAUUCGUCACCUUCCGUGACAGGGUGCGUGAACACACACACAUAUACACAUAGGCACACACACAUACAUAUAAAUAUACAUAUUUUUUUUCUCCCUUUUCUUUCUUUUUCUUCGUUUCACUUUCGUUCCCAUCUCUCUGUUGUCCGCAUUUUCACCCGUCGUCGUCGCCUUUCUUUCGAUUUUCCUCCUCCGUUUCAACCCUCACGUACCUCAUCUUUUCUUCUCUCCCUCCUCUCCUUUACCUAACCACCCCUCCGUUUUCAUCUGCCGGGUGAAAAAAAAGAGAGCAUUCUUUAUCUUUCUCCUCCUUGCCCCCCCCCUCUUUAUCUCUCGUCUCUGUCGUUUUUGUCUUUCUCCGAAUCUCUCGUUUUUUCUCUCUCAUAUCCUCCCUCCCUCCCCGUCCCUCCGUCCAUCACGACACAUCGCGUACACACACACUUUUCUUUUCUUUUUUCGUUUCCUUUCUCAGCCAAAUGUUCAUGAUAACAACGUAAUAAUCGUUCGGUACCCAUCGGCACAAACGUGAACGUGGAUGAGUGAUCGUAUUUUCACGCGACAGCCGAUCGUCGGCUAUUCCUACACCUUGUGCGAGAAGUGAAUGCUCCCGUGCGUUUAACUGGUGUCAAUGUGCACACGGUGUGGCACUGUCGCGACAACGAGAAGAGAGCAUUUCUGAAAAGAAGAGAAAAGAGAGAAAAAGAAAAAGGAAAGAAAAAGAUAGUCUGUCGUUCAGCCAGGAAAAUUCGACAUGAUGAAGAGCAGUGCUAUGCUUAAGAAAGAAAGCAAAAUGCGCAUACGUGCUUUCCCGACAACUAUGGAUGAAAAGUAUGUAGAAAGUAUUUGGGCACUACUGAAAAAUGCUAUUCAGGAAAUUCAGAAGAAAAAUAAUUCAGGGCUCAGUUUUGAAGAACUUUAUCGAAAUGCAUAUACUAUGGUCCUUCACAAGUAUGGAGAACGUUUAUACACAGGUUUAAAGGAGGUUGUAACGCAUCAUUUAGAAAACAAAGUCAGAGAAGAUGUAUUGAGAUCUCUCCACAACAAUUUUCUUCAAACGUUAAAUCAAGCUUGGAAUGAUCAUCAAACGUCUAUGGUGAUGAUCAGAGAUAUUUUAAUGUAUAUGGAUAGAGUGUACGUGCAACAGCAUGAUGUGGACAAUGUGUAUAAUUUGGGACUUAUUAUAUUUAGAGAUCAGGUGGUCAGAUAUGGAUGUGUUAGAGAUCAUUUACGAGAAACUUUAUUAGGUAUGGUAGCGAGAGAAAGAAGAGGGGAAGUUGUAGAUCGUAUUGCGAUAAAAAAUGCCUGCCAAAUGUUAAUGUUACUUGGCAUUAACAGUCGUCAAGUUUACGAAGAAGACUUUGAAAGGCCUUUUUUACAACAAAGUGCUGAAUUUUAUAGAAUGGAAUCUCAAAAAUUUUUGGCAGAAAAUAGCGCGUCAGUAUAUAUAAAAAAAGUCGAAGCUAGAAUUUGUGAAGAAUCAGAAAGAGCAAAGCAUUAUUUAGAUGAAUCAACUGAACCGCGAAUAGUAGAAGUCGUAGAAGAAGAGCUAAUUAAAAUUCAUAUGAAAACUAUCGUUGAAAUGGAAAAUAGUGGUGUAGUACACAUGCUCAAAAAUCAGAAAACCGAAGAUCUCGGUUGCAUGUACAAAUUAUUUUCAAGAGUUUCUGAUGGCUUGCGCACAGUGUGCGAUUGUGUCUCUCAGUUUCUUAAAGAACAAGGACGUGCCAUGGUUCAAGAAGAACAUGAAUCGACAACGAAUGCUGUUCUCUUCAUUCAGAACUUGUUGGAUUUGAAAGAUCGUUUCGAUCAUUUUCUUCAUUAUUCGUUCAACAAUGACAAAAACUAUAAACAAAUGAUUGCAUCUGACUUUGAAUAUUUUCUUAAUUUAAAUACAAAAAGUCCAGAAUAUCUUUCGCUCUUCAUUGACGACAAGCUGAAAAAAGGUGUUAAAGGGAUGACAGAACAGGAAAUUGAAGGUAUCUUAGAUAAAACUAUGGUUUUAUUUAGAUUUCUUCAAGAGAAAGAUGUGUUUGAACGAUAUUACAAACAGCAUUUAGCUAAACGUCUCCUCUUGAAUAAAUCCGUAUCCGACGAUAGCGAAAAAAAUAUGAUAUCCAAACUUAAGACUGAAUGUGGGUGUCAAUUCACAUCAAAAUUGGAAGGGAUGUUCAAAGACAUAACAGUCAGUAAUACCAUUAUGGAUGAAUUCAAAGAUCACGUUCUUACAUCUAACACAAAUUUGCACGGAGUGGAUAUAAGCGUGAGAGUUUUAACAACCGGCUUUUGGCCGACGCAAUCCGCCACUCCAAAAUGUAGCAUGCCGGCUGCCCCACGAGAUGCUUUCGAUGCCUUCCGACGUUUUUAUCUUGCUAAACACAGUGGUCGACAAUUGACGUUACAGCCACAAUUAGGUUCCGCGGAUUUGAACGCUGUAUUUCAUGGGCCGCGAAGAGAAGAAAAUAGUUGUGGUGGUUUAGAUACACCGUCGUCUUCGAGUUCCAUCGGUAAUGGAAGUGGUAGUCUAUAUGGUAGUGGAGUAUCCACUAAUGGUAGCAUUCUAAACCAACGUAGUAACAGUUGCGGAAACACGAGGAAACAUAUAAUCCAAGUGUCAACUUAUCAAAUGUGUGUUUUAAUGCUUUUCAACAAAAGAGAGAAAUUGACGUACGAGGAAAUUCAAGGUGAAACCGAUAUUCCAGAGAGAGACUUGGUUAGAGCAUUACAAUCUCUCGCAAUGGGCAAAGCUACGCAAAGAGUGUUGUUGAAACAUCCUCGUACAAAAGAGAUAGAACCCUCACAUUAUUUCUGUGUCAAUGAUAGUUUUACUAGUAAAUUGCACAGAGUAAAAAUUCAAACGGUAGCUGCGAAAGGUGAAUCGGAACCUGAAAGAAGAGAAACUCGUAACAAAGUAGAUGAAGACAGAAAGCACGAGAUAGAAGCAGCUAUCGUUCGUAUUAUGAAAGACAGGAAGCGUAUGCCACACAAUAUACUUGUAACAGAAGUAACAGAACAAUUAAAAGGCCGGUUUUUGCCAUCGCCCGUAAUAAUUAAAAAACGUAUUGAAGGUUUGAUCGAACGUGAAUAUUUGGCACGCACGCCAGAAGAUAGGUUUGUAUAACGAUCAACUAGUAUUGCAUUUUAUUUUAUUAUACUAUUACUUGUAACGUUUUGAUCGAUUCAAUUGCAGAAAGGUGUAUACGUACGUUGCUUAAUGCCCGAAUUUAAAUGUUGGAUCUGUACAAACAUGUAAGUAGUCUGUAACAGUAUCUAUUCCUUCAAAUAUUUUCUCAUUGUCUCGUAAUGUUUUGUCGAUUUGCUCAGUUUUCUCAUUGAUUCAUUGAUAAAAAUUGUUAUCAUUUCCAGUGUUCUUUUACGAACAUAAUUAAGAUGAUCACGAAUGAGGCAUUCCACAUCACGACCGUAUACAACCCGGAUUACUGAGUCAACAUUCCAUUAAUUUAUGAUUUAUUGCCCGUACGAAUCAACUUCUAUUUUAUGUUUUAGGCUUUGAUAAAUUUUGAUAUUGUUUCUUCAUUUUUACAUACAGCUGUUAUACGUAGUGCCGCGUGUUAAUUUUAAUUCCGUUGGUUCAAAACCUAAAAUCUAAAAUAGAAUUUCAUUUAGAAAAAAAAAAAGAUCAAUAAUUUUGUAAGAUAAAUUGAAAUUAAUUGAUGUUGAUUGCCUCGUAAUUUAAAGAGAAAUAGUUACAUGCAUUUGAUAAUUGGCUAGUUUGGUGGAAAAGGUUGACCCUGAAAUAAUCAAAUGAGUCAGAGCAUAUACUUCCAAGUAUAAGAUCAUGUUUUAUGAAUGAUUUCUGUAAAAAUUCUUGAUAUCCUUCCCCCCUGAAUUCAUUUCAUCGUGUUUCAGUUGGAUGUGAUUGAUUUAGUUAAGUAUAUGAAAACACUUUCUGUAAUAGAAGGAUUUAGUUGACUAUACAUUAUAUUAGUAAUAAAUGGACAGUAAGUUACAGUCGUUAAAAUUAAUUCACCCAAUGCGUGUGUCGUUUUUGGCCAUUUUUUACAUUUGUAAAUCUAUAAUUAUAUUCUAUGAUCAAAAAAUAUUUGUGGAUGUAGCAUAAAUUUUAUUAAUGUUAGCGUUAAAGAGUGAUUUUAUUUACAUUCGUGAUUAUCUAUUAUAUGUGUACAUAAAGAGUGUGAAUGUAUAUCUAAGAAUAUAUUUGCCUCAUUUUCAACGUCUGAUUACUUUAUUUUAAUCAUAUUCCAUGUCCCUCUAAAAUUUUAUCGCAUUCUUUCCUUUCUUCCCCAACAAAUCUUUUUUAUUAAUUCAGUUAAAACUUAGACUUAAUCGUGAAAGAAAAGAAAAAGAUUCGUUAGGUCUCUGCAAGAUCCACCUCUUCCACCUAGCUCAUCAAUUAUUGCACUAUCAAUCAAAUAAAUCCAAUUCGUUACAUCGCAGAAUAUUUAUUAUAGUAUGCCAAAAGUGGAAUCUACGAAUUUGUAACAGAUGCGGAGUUUACUGGAGGAAUUAAAAAAAAAAAAAAAAAAAAAAAAAAGAAAAAAAAGAAAAAAAGAGUGCGCGCAUGAGCUUAUACGAAAGACGAAGAAUCUAAUAAAAUAAACGAGAAAAAGAAAAUUAUGAUUAAAAAACCGUAUUACUAUGAGCUCGUGUGUCAGUAAAUGAAAAACAUAUGAAAUGCAUCAUAUUUUUAUUUUCAUUUAUAUCUUUAUUUAUUAAUAUAGUUUUAAUAUUUAAACAAAAGGUUUUACCUUUUCUUACGCAAACUGAAUAAAAAAUAAAACCCUGUAAAAGCAAUCCUUCGGUUUCAACGCAUUUUAAAUACAAGAACAUCAUAUCAAUUCUAUCCGAUUCCUCUCUGUUCCAUUUUCUAACAUUUCUCGUCAAAAUUAACACACUCGUAAUGAUGAAAUUCAUCAAUGCCGCACACACUAAUGGCAUAUAGCGGAUUACGUCGCGAAUGUGUUAAAUACAAUAGUAUCUCUUUACUAUUUAUAUAUACGCACAUAAUCAAUGAGGUAAGGUAUAGUUGAAGUUUAUUUUAAAUGCUAAUAUUAGUAUUUCAGAAUUUACAGUUUGAAUUAUUCUACAGCAUAAUGCGUCACAUAAAACAACGAAGUAAUAAGGAUAUUAAUUUAAUUUCUUACUGUUUAAUGGAGCAACAUUACUUUCAAAGAUAGACAUACAGGGAAAGUAAUUCAAUUUUAAUUAAAUUAUAAAUUAACUUUCUAUAUUAGAAGAUGGAAUUAUACUCUCAAGGUAACAUUAAGAAAAUACUCUCAAUCGAAAAUUCACAUACUGAAAUGGGAUUCUCAGUAUGAUCAAUUUAACAACUGUAUAAAUCUUAUAUACACUUACAUUGAUGCUUCUGGAUUUAGUUAAUACGAAUCAAGAUUCAUCCGUAACGGCAUUAACAUGUCCAUAAUGUAUCAUUUAACGUUGAAAGUAAAUGCAUUGUUCUACAAUUGUGUAUAUUUGUCACGAUGCAUUAUAGUUGCCUUGCUUUUUUUUUUUUUUCUUAACACAAAGAGCAGGUGAUACUUUCUCACGCCUCUCGGAAACCACACGAAUCGCGUGUCCAUACUUCAAAAUACAAAUUGUAUACAAUAUCAUACAGCUAGUUUAUUAUAUUUUUUUUACUUUGCUCUGAAAAAAUUUGUUAAUCCACUUUAUAAACAUUACAAUUUGCACGUAUUAAUAUCAUCAUUGUCGAUAGUUAACCAAUACUGUACACAUGUAUCUCAUUCAACUUGCUUUUUCAUGUAACAGAGAAGUCUAUCUUGGUUUGAAUUAAAUUAGCUGACGAGUGGCAGGCAUCAUGGUGAGUAAAAGUCGGUCACUCGUGGUUAUUCGUUAGAAGACGAUGAUUCCCGCCUCUUCUCUGCGUGCUUCUUCGUGAAUUCUUCCGCAUUUUUUAAAAACUUUUUUCUAUCCUUUAAAAACUCCUCGGCAAGAUCUGCCCUCAACGGAUGUUCCGGUUCAGGAUCAUUUACUAACGCUAUCAAAGCUUGUACAACUGUAAAUAAAUCGGUUGUACAACUUAUGUGGCAACAAGAACAACGCAAAGAGGACUUUACCUUGAUCCGUCUUUGUAGCCGGUUUCCAGUUCUCAGCACUUAUUAUUGGUAAGCACACUUGUCCUUUCUCAUCCACGUUCGGAUGAUAUAUCUUUGUCUUAAAGUUUAUCUUUGGAGGUUUGAAGGGAUAUUCCGCGGGGAAGUUUAUUUCAAUGCGAAACGCUCCUUUGUUGUACGGUGGAUUGUCCUAAAAAGCAUUUCAGAGAGUAUGAGCAACGAGCACUUCUUUAGGAGAAACACCAAGAAAGGAAAAGACGCGUAAGUUAAAACUUGUGUCACUGUGUCAUGCAAAAGUCAUACAAUCAUAUACAAUCAUUCCAAACUUUGCUUUCCAAAAGUAAAUUGCAGUACAGCACAUAUGAGUGCAUCUAACUGCAGUUGCCUUUGCAAAACAGGAUUAGGUUAGGUUAGGCCAGAUUAGAUUAGAUCGCAUUUGCGAAACAGAAUGGCAGAUGAAACUGUACCGGCAGUAUGAGGCCUUGCCAGGUGAGGAUAUUCGACUCGUCCACUUGAAUGUUUGUGAAGUUUUUCAUUGCUGAGGCUCUCAGGUCGCCAAGUUCCUGCAAAAAAAAAAAAAAAAAAAAAAACAAAAAAAAGAGAGUAGCACGGUUAUCAUCCGAGCGGAGACGAGUCUGCUCAGUGCAAGCUCUGAUUAACCAGAAUUAAAAGGAACGUUCUUCGAACAAAUGACGAGAACUGUGACUUGAGUCACUGGGGGAGAGCAUUCGAGGCACUUCCCUCGAGGAUGAACGUUAAUGCGUAACACCUGAGAAUACCCGACGUGUUCUACAUCGUCGUGGGGAAAAACCUGGAUCUAACGUUACGGAAGACGCUACGAGGAUCAGUCCUCGUUAAACGACCGUGCUGCAAGAUUCCGUUGAAAUUCUCAGAAUCGCACGUUCGCAAAGUUUCUCACAAAGUUCCUCGUAUCGUCUUUCCCGCUGACAGAGAAACCUCGAUUUACCUUUUGCAAUCUUCUCGUAGCUGCCAUUUUGAAAAUAAAUUUCACUAAGAGUAGCGAGACUUGUCAAGCUCCUCGGUGAUGGCUUCACGGUUGUUCCGCCCUCGAGAAAAUACCCUAGCGCCCUUUCUCACUCGUAGUCCCCCGCGAACAAAACACUAUGACUCCCGUUCCGCUGGAUUUUGUUUCGCAGCGGUGAAUUCUCUCAUCAAUGCAAGCGUGGAAUUAUUUACUUGCCAGCCACGAGCAUGAACCGCGCUCGCCGUCACUGUACGUUUCUCUGUGUUGCAUUGUACGCGUGCGUGCGUGCACGAUCCACACGUACGCGCCAUAUGCACUCGUCAAGUUAGGUCGGAGACCUAAUUGCGUUUCAGUGUCAUUGAGAAAGUAAACUCGGCGAGAUUCUCUUUACUGUAGAAACGAUCUCGAAAUUCUAACUUAAUCGUCCCUGCUCGUUUUUUGGAUUGAUUCGUACGUAGAAGUUUUAUCGUCAUGCUUUUACACUCUUUGUUAUGAAUGUAUAUAUGCAUGUGUAUCAGCUGAUAUUAGUCAAAUUCUAUGAAACUUAAAAGCUAUUGUAUUAUGAUUUUGUCUUUUCGAACAUAUCUAAACUCUGAUUUUUUCGCAAUUCCUGCUUGCAAAAUAGUUUAUUUUUCAUGUUCUAUACAUUUCCACGUAUCAAAUAUAUUUGUUUAAUAUAUCUUUUUACCCCAUAUAUUUUUUUAAUUUUAAAACUCUCCCCAUAGCAACUGGUAUGAAUUAAAUUCUAUGAAAGUUACAAACAAUUCUAUAUGUUUCUAAACAUACUUGAGCUCCUAUCAUUUCCCAAUUCCUGUUUACAAAAUAUAUUUGCAAAUAGGAAUUUUUAAUAUUUUACACAUUUCCACGUGUAGAUCCAUUUGUUUAAUCAUAAAAUUCCACAUAUAGAUCUAUUUGUUUAAUCGUAAAAUUCUUUUCAAAUUGCAAGUGCAUAAAGUAUCAAUAAUCAUCAAAGUAAGUAAAUCUAAAAAGAAAAACUCUAAUUGAAUUUGUCAUCUCUUAAUCAUCUCACAUCAUAAUUUCCUUUCUUCUUAUAGUUUCUUACAAUUUCCUAUACUUCUUUCAUAUACCUUCUUUGUCAAACUAACCAAAAAAAGAUUAGUUGCUAUCAAUAUCAAACUCUUAAAACCGAACUAAUAUUGUGUAGUAGUUAAAUUUGUUAUUUUCUUCCUCUUCCGUUUCUUUGGGUAACGAUUGUUGCCCAAAAUAGAAUUGAGAUAAAAGCAGCUUACAUUAAUGUCUGAAUAAAAAAUUACGAAUGCAUCAAUUUACAAUUUUUUUAUUAAAUAUUGUGAUUUAGCAAUUGAAAAAUAUAUCAUUAUGAUUUGGCAAUUAAAAACAUAUGUUUCUUUUAAUAGAAAAAAGUGA